AUGAGUCAAAUCUCAUUGCAAAAGAAUUCUUUGGUCAAUCCUUUGAAAGCUGUUUACUUUGACAAGAAAUAUAACAAAGCUUUGAAUUGGUAUAGAAGUAAAAAUUUUCCUGCUUACAAUUUCAAAUUGAAUGAAGUGUCGAGUUACGCUUUGAACUUCAGAAAAAGGUUUAAAAAUUUAUUUGCUUUUGACAUGAAAGCAGAACUUUUUCCAGGGAAAAAUGUGGAAAUAGAAAUCGCCUGGGAAUACUUAAAUGGAAUGAAUGGACGAAAGAUGACAAAAUAUGCUACCUCAAGUAAUUCACAAACAUCCGUCAUAGAUUUUAUCAGAGAAGAAGAGAACAAGCUUUGUCUGAACUAA